AUGGAGAAAACCCACAAUAAAAAAGGAAAACAAGGAAAAAAAUCUCAAGAAAAUGGCAAGAAAAAUGCAAAGAAUGAACUAGAAAAAACUACUGACAUCGAAGUACAAAAAGUUGCAGAAACUGUUCCAGUUAAUAGCACAGAAAAUGGUUCAGCAAAUGGCACAGAAAAAGCUCCAGCAGACGCCGGCACAGAUAUUGUUCAAGUAAAUGGAGAAAAAAAUGUCCCAAUUAAUGGCACAGAAAAUGUUCCAGUAAAUGGCACAGAAAAUGUUCCAGUUAAUAGCACUGAAAAUGUUCCAGUAAAUGGCACAGAAAAUGUUCCAGUAAAUGGCACAGAAAAUACUCCAUUAAAUGGCACAGAAAAUGUUCCAGUUAAUAGCACAGAAAAUAUUCCAGCUAACGCCAACACAGAUAUUGCCCAAGUAAAUGAAGCAGAAAAUGUUCCAGUAAAUGGCACAGAAAAUAUUCCAGUAAAUGUGGCAGAAAAUCCGCCUAAAAUUGAAUCUGAUGCUCCUGUUGAAAAGGAAGAAAAGGUAGAUGAAAAUGCUCCUGUUGAAAAGGAAGAGAAGGUAGAUGAAAAUGAAAAUGAAAUCGCAAGUGCCGUUGAACAGAAAGUGAAAACUGUAGCAGGAAUUCUGAAUAAGGUAAAUUAA